UGUUGUGGUCAUUGUGUGUCAAGUACCAGUAUUUGUGUGUAAACAAUUGAGAAAAACUGUAAUAACAUAAACUUUGUUAUGAGUUGUGAUUAUGUAGCCAUUGAAAUUGCUGUCUUUAGUCACUAGAUGGCGACAAAGUCCAUUAUUUGUUCAAUGUCACUCACUAGACCAGCUGCCACUUCCCUCAUUAGAAGAAGUGAUUCUAGUCCUCUCGUGACUUCAGGGACCUUUGGACUCUUGUAAUGAUCUUGUAUUUCUUUUUACUAAUAUGCUUAAUGACUAGACACAGUCAGGUUAUAGUUUUAGGAGCUUUUCCUUAAAUAUAACCUAGUGUUGGCUAAAGUACAAGAAAUCCUUUAAUCACCUGAGGGUGAGCGUGUUAUCAGACUCUGUCUGGCUGGAGAGCCCUCAUUAUCUGUUGCUUUUGUUUGUUUUGAAAGAGGGAACUGGUUUUGUAAUAACUUACUCACUGUGCUCCUCCUCCUCUUUUAAACUUCUGUAAACCACUCUGAGUUGGACAGUGAGAGAGGUCAGAGCACCAGAGAGCCUUCAGCACGAUGGAGGAGACAACCGGCAGAUCAACCAAGAAAAAAGUGGUAGUGGUGGGCGGUGGUUUGGUCGGUGCACUGAACGCCUGCUUCUUCGCCAAAAGAGGCUUUGAUGUGGAAGUCUUUGAAACUCGGGAAGAUUGUCUCCCAGGGGAUCCCCAUGCAUGCGAGAAUGAUCCAUUCCCUGAGCGGGAAACAGUCCACGAUCCCUUACGGCAAGAAAGGCCAGUUCAUCCUGUCAGUAGACCGAGCCAAUCUGAACAAAGAGCUGCUAACAGAGGCAGAGACGUAUCCAAACACAAAGUUGAACUUUGACCACAAACUGCAGGACUGGAGUGCUAAAACAGGGCUAAUGACCUUUGACAGGUCAGACGGGUCCAGUGAGCACAUCAAGGCCGACCUGAUUGUAGGCUGUGACGGAGCUUUCUCUGCCAUCCGCAAGCAGUUCCUCCGUCUCAGCCGCUUCAACUACAGCCAGACGUACAUCCCCCACGGCUACAUGGAGCUCACCAUGCCGCCCAUCAACGGAGAGUUUGCCAUGAAGCCAAAUUAUCUGCACAUCUGGCCACGAAACACGUUCAUGAUGAUCGCCCUGCCCAACAUGGACAAGACAUUUACCUGCACUCUCUUCAUGCCCUUUGAGGAGUUUGAGAAGAUCACCACAGGCGAUGAAGUCAUCGAGUUUUUCCAAAAAUACUUCCCUGACACCAUACCACUGAUAGGAGUUGAUGCUCUCAAGACGGAUUAUUUCCGAUUACCAGGGCAGGCCAUGGUGUCUAUCAAGUGCUCCCCAUAUCACAUCGGAGACAAAUGUGUCCUAAUGGGCGACGCGGCCCACGCAGUGGUGCCGUUCUAUGGUCAGGGGAUGAACGCUGGCUUUGAGGACUGCAUCGUGUUUGAAGAAAUAAUGGAUCAGUUCAGUGAGGAUUUCAGUGCUGUACUGCCGGAGUAUAGCAGAGUGAGAGUCCCAGACGACCACGCCAUUGCAGACCUGGCCAUGUACAACUACACUGAAAUGCGAGCCCAUGUCAACUCCAAAUGGUUCCUUUUCAGAAAACAUGUCGAUAACGUCCUCCACUUCCUCAUGCCAAAGGCAAUAGUUCCACUUUACACAAUGGUCACUUUCACUAGGACAAGGUACCAUGAAGCUGUGGACCGCUGGCAUUGGCAAGACAAAGUGAUAAACUGCGGCCUGCUGCUCAGCGCUACAGGAGCUGUUUUGGGAUGCUCCUACCUGCUCAUUAAAAAUCCUCCUGAUACCAGUAAACUCAUCAUCCCCGCUGAGAUAAUGUGGGACCGGCUCGCGACUCUCUGGACCGCCUGAGCGCCGGCUCUGAUCUGACAGACAAGUACAGAGACUGCAGCAUCAAACACUAGAAUCAAAUGAUAGUUACAGUUUGAUUGAAUCUCCUAAUGAACAAAAUGAAGGCUCUGCUUGGCAGAUUAAUGUAGUGUAAUAAUGAUUGUAACCUAACUUAUACCAGUUAUAAGGAUUGAUAAUUAGAUUUCAUCGCUGUUCAACGGCACGAUAAUGGUUUGACUGAAGGAGCGCAACAAAUUUGAUGAGUCUCGUGCCGUCAUCAUCAACAUUUGCACAGUUUUCACUGUGAGAACAAAAAUGUCUGUAUGAGUUUAUAAAGAUGCCCAUACAUGAGUUGCAAAUAAAUGUUCCCUCAGCUCAAAGUUACUGUCAGAUUUAUAUUUUGCCUUUGGCUCCAUUCCUCUCGACAUCAUCUAGGCCAGUGGUUCUCAACCUGGCGGUAGGGACCCCCAAGGGGGACGCCAGAUGGUUGUGGAGAAAAAAAUAAAAUAGCAUGUUAAAAAUAAAAUAACAUAUUUAACGUG